UAUAAGAAUAAGGGACACAGCCGGUGAUACGGCUUCAGGUAGUCCUCCAAGGUGUUAGUUAGAAAGAAGCCUGCUCACUGUCAGGGUUCGAACAGCUUUGAACCCAAAUCUCCGUUGCAGAACACAUUCGAAGCAAUGCGAGGUUUAAUUAACGGGGUGGGGCUGAGACCAGGCUUCCGUGGGACAAUGGCUGGAGAUGCCGACCAAACUAAUUAGCUCCUUCAAUGCCCUGUGAAGAAGGCUGGAGCACGGAAUGCUCAGGGCUGAUAGACUGCCCAGCUGCCCCAGAACCGUGCUCCCAGUGAGCAAAUCUCCAGGGAAAAUUCUGAUUUCUCCAUCAAUGGAAAAGCUAUAAUUUUGAACAGGAUCAAGUCACCUUGAGGAAUGUAAUUAAUUUCGAAAAUAAGAAUUAAAAAAAAAACCUACACUGCUGAUGGGUCCGCUUUAAAAGUCAAAAAACCUAUGAAAUAUAAGAUAACUUUACUGGCCGAAUAUGUUUGUGUCAUCAAGAGGCAAAUCUGGAAAACCUUCACAAAUCCAGAGAGGAAACAUCAAGAGAUGUGCACAUGGAACCACACAGGACUGCAGAAGUGACAACUAUAAUAAUAACCUCGGCCAACCUGACGCGCUCCGAUUGUGCAAACACUUCACAUGGAGUGCUGGGUAUUAAUAAGAGUGUUUUUGGUCCAACGGGAAUUGUGUUUCACACCAGUGAAGAAGUGUGUGUGUGUUUACAUUGUCCUCAGACACAUGUAUUAAUUCAAUUAAGAUAAACCAAAUUAAGGUAAAUUAAUUCAUGGAAUAAACUGUUAUGAAUUCAGCACUCAGUAGUAACUGUAUAUACUGUAUAUAUGCAUAUAUAUGCUUUUUACUCAGUGUAAUCACAAAAUUGGUGCUAUAACACAUGGCCAUGGACCUUCCUCAGUGUGUAAAGACCUGAGCUGGGCAAACAAAUAAAUAACAAACAGAGCCAUGUGAUAAUAACCAAAUAGAAUAAUGAGAUGACUGGACAAACUGCAGCUAGGAAUGAUGCUGGUGCCCAUUAUAUAGCAGGGCAAUAAUUAAAAUAAAUGCUUUAGGUAACAAUACAUUAUCAGCUGCAAAACAACAACAAAAAAAAAAAUCUAAAAACAUACCAUCAAUAGCAUAACACACAACAGACCUGCUAAGUGCAUAUGAGAACCAAAAAAGUAAUCAUAAAUAAUAUAAACAAUAAAAGCACAUUUAUAGCAUAUAUUUAGUUUUUACUGAGUGCUGGCCUCAUAACACUUUAUUUCAGUUUUUUGGAGGCUUCACCAUCCACUGUAACAAAAUUUUGGUAUUUGACAUCUAUGUAAUUUUCUAGAAAAUUAAUUUAUGGCUCAUUUUAAGGAUGUAGACCGAGUCCAUUCUUGAUCAGGAGGGAGAGAUAAUCUGUUAAAAAAAUUCAUCCCAUUUCUGAGCACAAAAUACAUAUUAAAUCUGGUCCUCAACAGACACCAUCAUACCCUGGCCUCUAAAUGAUUCUUACUUCACCUGAAACUGAUUUACUCCUCAGCUGAAGGGUGGCACCUAUAUGUGUGUGUUUUAACUUAGCCGUCAACACAAUGGAAUCUGCUUUAACGAUACGUGUGUAAUUACCAUUUCAUUUCCCACUUUGUGUUCAUGACUUUCCAAAUUGCUGCAUUUGAGGUCACAUUAAAAAUAACCCCCUCUUUCUCUUUGACCAUCAAUAGCUAUAACUGGAUAAAAGGUAAAUGUUACAGUUGAUACCUCUUAAACUGACAAAGCAAGUCAAACCUAAAUCAAAACCCUAAACCCUCUUAGUCUCUAAUUCUGCAUCAGCUGGUUUAUUGGUGUCAGGAGCCAAUGUUGGUAUUUAAAGGACAAGGAGCAGGAAAAGGGAGUUGUUGGUUGGAGUUUCAUCAUGGCACAGUGGUUUUGGAGUGAAGGAGCCUUCCUUGCAGUCUUGAUUGCCAUGGUUGUGGCACAGAAAGUGAUGCCCCCUGAUCUGAUUACAAACCUUGCAAGUACUGACACUAAGUGCCAGGUGUUGGAGAAAGUUCCAUGUGGAUUUGUAGGAAUCAGCCUUGAAAACUGUGAGGCUAUUAGCUGCUGUUUUGAUGGGCAGCAGUGUUAUUAUGGGAAUGCUGUGACUGUGCAGUGUACCAGGGAUGGUCAGUUUGUGGUGGUGGUCUCUAAAGAUUCUACUGUACCUCAACUGGACCUGACCACAAUCUCCACAUUGGGUGGGAAAGAAAUACCUUGCAGCCCUGUGGUCUCCACUGGUUCCUUUGUCAUCUACAACUUCCCAGUAACAACCUGUGGUACCGUUGUGUCGAUGGCUGGGGACUACCUUCUUUAUGAGAACAAGAUGACUUCUUAUUAUGAAGUUGGUAUUGGCCCCUUGGGCUCCAUCACAAGGGACAGCACAUUUGAGCUGUUCUUCCAGUGCAAGUACUUUGGCUCUGAGCUCGUUUCCCUGAUGGCUGACGUGUACACAGUUGCCCCACCACCUCCUGUAGCUGCUCCUGGACCCCUGAGAGUAGAGCUGAGACUGGCAAAUGGCCAGUGCAAUACAAAAGGAUGCAAUGAAGAGGUCUCUGCCUACACAUCCUACUAUCAGGAUAGUGACUAUCCAGUUACCAAGGUGCUGCAGCAGCCUGUGUAUGUUGAGGUGCGCAUCCUGGACAGGACUGACCCCAACAUUAUUCUGCUUCUGGAGAACUGUUGGGCAACAUCAACCCCUGAUCCACUUGGUGUGCCUCAAUGGAACCUCAUAGUUAAUGGGUGCCCCUACCAGGGUGACAAGUACCUGACCACCUUGGUUCCAGUGGAUGGUUCCUCUGGGCUCUCCUUCCCAACUCACUACAAGAGGUUCAUCUUCAAGAUGUUCACAUUUGUGGAUCCUGCCUCUCUGCAUCACCUGGAGCAGAAGGUGUUUAUCCACUGCAGUACAGCUGUGUGCCACCCCUCUGCUACAGACACCUGUGAACAGAAAUGCUUCAGGAAAAGAAGAGAUGUUGGUGCAGUACAGAGAACUUCAAACCAGAACAAAAUCAUUGUUUCCAGCUAUGAAGUAAUCAUGACUGCUGAGAUUCCUAAACCAGCUUUGAUGCAGUCUAAAGAUGAAGGUGAGCACCUUGUGGACUUCCUUAUGAACCAGGACAUUGUUACAUGCUCUCCUGUUUCUACAGGACCCCGGGGUAUUGGUUAUGGAACACUGGCCGUGGUGGUCUCUGCAGCCCUUGGGGUGUUCGUCGUGGUGCUGGCUGUCAUACGCUGGUUGUGCCAUUAAGAGGAACAGUGUGAUUCUUCCCAAUAAAAGCCUGGUUUCUCCAACUUGUUCUUGUGGGGUUGAUUAACUUGCUCAAAUUCUGUUAAGCAGUUGGUGUACUUGUUUGACCAACAAACUCAGAUGCUCUCAAUCCAGUUGCAUUGCCGUCAGGAAGCCUCUUGUGGUACUUGUACACCUCACUGGGUGGGGGUUGCAAUGCUAGAUGUGAACAUUGCUGUUUCUGUCCCUCUAGCGCAAAAAAAGGCUCUAGGUGCUGCUGUAACCCUCUCUGGACACCAACAGCCACAUAACUCAGACUAGCAGUACACAGUAGCUAAGGUCUCAACUAUGUCACUAGCAAUUAGUCACGAUCUCAAGCAAAACACUGACUGUAGACUUUGUUCUUCAUGCAUGUGAACACAAUAGCCAUGGCA